UUAAGGGCUGCAUAUAAUAUGGAUAAAUACUAUCCUGAACUUUGUAAUGUGAGAUGGACUAGGAAUUAUUCAAAGAAAUGCAGUCUUGAACAACCUCAAACGUAUACUACAGACAUAUCAAUUACAUCGUUAGUAUGUAUGAAUACAAAAAAAAAUUAUCACAGCAGCAAAAAUAUAACAAGAUCUUAAAAUCAUUUGUACCAAAAGCUGCUUAUAUAUCUAAUCUACCCCAAGACAAUUUUGACUUUGUAUUUGACCAAGUUGAAAAAAUGGAUGAUUGUUUUAGUGAUGGAAAAUUAUUCUUCCUCAUACCAUCAGAUGAAAGCAUAGAUAUUCAUUCUCUGAUUAAUAAUCCCAAUGACAAAGAUGUACUGGGAGAUGUUGUUUCUGUUUCUUCCCUAGAAGAUAAUGAUGAAGUGCAUGAGAAUAUAGCCAGUGUUUUGUUAUCUCCUAGCUUACAAAAUCCUGAAGAUAUCAUUAUCAAUAAUGAAAUAGAAAAAACUAUUUUCAUGCCUUCAUGUCUACAAGAUGAUGAUUUAGAUCAAUCAAAUAAUAUUAAAAUAUCUGAAGCACUCGAAAAUCUGGACAUGAUUAUAGAAAGAGAGGAACAAAGAAAACAAGACGCUAUUGAUGACAAAGAAAAUAUAGAUUUUGAAAAAAUUCGUAGUCUGAAAUUACCAGCUCGGAUGAAAAGACAAGGCAAGCCGAGGAAGUCUGAUUUAUCUGUAAUAGGAUUAUCUAAAAAAGGGAAUAAAAGCAAAAAGAAACAUUUUGAUAUUUAUAAUGAUAAAGUAAAAGCAAUUGGUAUUAAAAGUAUACCUAAAUUUGCUGAGGACAUAGGAAAAGGAACACCAAUUAUAACCAAUUCUCAAAUGGAGUUUAUAAAUUUCAUAAUCAAUGAGAAAAUAAAUGCAGGUGAUACAAAACCCAAAAAUUUGGGCAAUCGUCAGAUAACUUAUAAAAAGUUAUCUAACCUUAUACAACUUUGUCUGAAGAAAACAAGGCAAGAUGGAUUAUAGAUAAAAUUUAUAAAGAGUCUGCAAAGAAUAAAAUUUAUAAUAAUGAAAUGGUUGAUUUUGAUGACAUUCUUACCAUAAAAAAUAGUAUGCAAUGUUUAAAAAAUGAUGAAGUCGAUUUUCAAAUGAUAAAAUCAUAUUUGACCAAUCAAGCUUGGAUACAGGUUCAAGAUUUACAAGUCAAGAUUAUAGCGGAGUCCUGGAUUUGUCAUGAUAUUUGUUUGUGCUGGUUCCACUUUAAAUGUCAAAAAAUUAAGAAAAAACCUUAUAAAAUUCAUUGGUUUUGUAAUAAUUGUUGUUAAAUAUAUUUAC